AUGCCGACUCUUGAAACACAUAAUGGCUAUCCAUUGUGGCAUUACAUACCCAACCGACCAGCAGCCAUUGUCUUUACUAUCCUCUUUGUAAUAACCACGACUCACCAAACCUAUUUGAUGUUCAGACAUCGUUUGUGGUUCUGUAUCCCUUUUAUCAUAGGCGGCGUUUUCGAAAUCAUCGGUUAUAUCGGACGCAUCAUAGCAUAUGAUGCAACGGGAGAGCUCAUUCCCUACAUUUUACAAUCUAUCUUCCUACUUCUCGCGCCUAUCCUCUUCGCUGCGUCCCUAUAUAUGACUCUCAGCCGCGUUAUUAUUACUGUUUCUGGCUCACAAUACUCCCUGAUGUCACCCCGGUGGCUCACACGCAUCUUCGUCACAGCUGAUGUUCUCAGUUUCAUGAUUCAAGGCGGUGGUGCGGGUAUACUAGUGGAAGGAGGCUCCGAUAGCAAGGCACAGACCGGCCAGAAUAUCAUUGUUGGCGGUCUUGUCUUCCAGCUUGUGGCGUUUGCUGUCUUUUGCUUGAAUACCUUGCUGUUUCACCUCCGUUAUCGCAAGCACGGCAACGGCGAGAGUGUCUACCAUAUCCCCUGGCAGGGUAUUCUGGUAAUGCUCUACUCCACUUCCGGUUUAAUCAUGAUGCGAAACACUUUUCGUGCCAUCCAGUACUCUAUGGGUCAGGAUGGCUAUCUGCUCACUCACGAGUGGACUGUAUAUGUUAUGGAUGGCAUGCUCAUGUUUUUAACUAUGCUCAGCUUUACCUGGAAGUAUCCUAGCCAAUUGGGCAAAUCUCAACCCGCCGAUUUCGAGAUGACACCAACUCGAGAGGAGAUACGUUUUGCAAAGACUUAG